AUGAGUGCUGUGAACCAUGAGCUUGAGACUUUGAAGAAGGACUUCAAAUCUCUGGAGGAAGAAACCAAAGUUAAGAACGCCGAAAUCAUUAAAGUUCAAAAGGAAAAGCAAGACGAACUGAGUGCACUCCGGAAGGACAAGGAUGCCACCUAUAAGGCUUUGGAAGACUUGUAUAAGUCUCUUAAGGAAAGUCCCGGAACAUUGACGAAGGAUAAUGCUGCCUUAACGACACAGAACGGCUCUUUGACUACGAAACUGCAAGAUAAGAACUCUGCGUAUACCAGUUUAACGAGGGAGCGUGACGCCUUGAAGACAGAGAACGAGGCCACAGCCGUGAAGUAUACCGCUUUGAUGACCAAGUGGAACGACCUGGAUGGGAUUAAUGACACUCUGAAAACAAAGAUGCGAUGGGCAGGAUUGACAGAGAAGAACAGACAGGAUAACUGUCUGUCCAAUGGGUACAGUGGCUGGUGUGUGAUGAUUAUGAUGCCACACAGCUGGAUCGCAUUAAAUGCAAACAAAGAUUCCCAUGAAAUGGCCCACACCUGGAGUUUCAAUAUGCGAAACCCUGAUGAAAUAUUCCGGCUUCAGAAAGCUGAUGACGACCCCAAUACGCCUUGGACUAUCACCAGUACAGAGUGUGGCAAGGCCCUUGCAUUUGAUACCAGCCAGAUUGGGAUUGAUAUCCGUAUGAGAAAGCUUGACCAAGUCCGUGAUCGUUCUGCCCAGUGGUAUAUUGGUCGUGGAGCAGAAGGGCAACACACAUGGGUAUUUAAAAACGCUCAAUGUGGCACAUGUAUCAAACUGAAAAAGGGCUGGUCUGAAGAUGGUCGAGCAGCUGAACAACACCCAUAUUGCAACGAAGGCGAUUCAAACUUUGCUAUUAUUCCUCUUGGUCUGAAACCAAAACCAGAGUGGUAA